AUUUUUCUAAAAAAACAAUGAAAUCUAAAAGUCUAAAAGUCUAAAACGUAAAGGACUAUAAGAAAUAGGAGGUUUAUUCCCUUGAAAAUUUAAUAAAGCAGUUAGUAGAUGUAGGUAUGGACACACAAUGCACGAUUGAUUUGUCUAGUGUUGAUGUUGCUCGUAUCAACAACUACUACAAGGAUAACCUUUUCAACAAUAAAACAUAUGAAAAUUGAUUUGGCAACAAAAUGAAAGAUGAAUUUCUAGCCGAUUUCUAAAGUAUUUUAUUUAAAACAAUGUAUAUUAUUGGUAUGGAUGUGGACUCCAUUAUUGAUGCAUUCACUAAAUUAAAAUACCGUCAUGUACAAUUUAUAUUGUAAAAAAAAAAAUUAUAAUGUUUUUUUACGGUUCUAAUUUUUUAAUGAAAUGUGGCUCAAUACUCUUCUGUGUUCUGGAUCCGCCGCUGCGUAGAAACCACCUCAACAUUGUAUGCUGAGUAAUAAAUGGAAUAAAUGUUAGACUAUCAAUAAUAAUGGCCAACUCAAAUUUCGGCGUCAAAUUUGUACAUUUCAUUCAAAAUUUUGACAAAAUUAUCUUAUUUGAUAGUUCGGCCCAAAAUUGUCAUUUACGUCAAAAUUUCAUGUCAAAGUAACAUAUUAUUUUAUAUAGUAUUAAAAGUCACUGAUUAUUGGAGAUUUCUAGUUCAAAUAAGAAAUGGUGUAUGUGAUUCACCGUUUAUGCGCAGCAAGCCAACCAAUGGACUUUUCGAUCUUCUUUCUAAGCAAAAUUGGGUUGCGGAAUUUUUUUGGACAAAAGAUAAUCAUAUAUUGAUUGAACCAGAUAGACAAUUAAAUCCUGAAAUUCAGUCAGGCCUGAUAAUGAAACAAACGACAUGUAGUCGGAGACAAAAACAGGGCUUUACGAGCCACCAAAUGAGCUACCCUAUUGUUCCGCCGACCUACAAAUCGUAUAAUAAACCCCAUAUUCCCAUCGAACAAUUGGACCACCUCCUCUUGAAUCGAGCCUACACGAUUAUCCCGCCUAAUAAUCUUCUCAAUGAUCACAUGGGCGUCACCUUCAAACCAGACCUCCGUUAAAACCGCUAGCCAAACACCACCCGAUAGCCUCCCGAAGAGCAAGCACCUCAAUCAUCAUUGGGUCAUCUAUCAACGGGAUUUUUUUUUUAGGGGAAUUGGGUUGCGGAAUAAUUGGACGAGAAAGGAGAAAAGUGAUAAAAUUUUGUUUCCUGCUUCUAUUCGUAAAAAAAGAAUUUUGGUUCCUAUUACCAAACCAAGUGCAAAAUCACCGAUCCAAGGUGGUACGGCGGAACCAUUAAAUAAUUUCGAACAAGAUCUUAAUAUAAUAUUGGGCCUGGAAUUUGAUACAUCCCAAAAUUGAAACAAUAGAUAGACAAACGCUCUGUGCCCAUGCUUCCCCCGGUUGGGGUCGCCGAAUAAAUAAACAAUUGGGUGCCCGUCCAAAUGAAAUGGGCCCAGCGCGAUCUUUUCGACCACUAAAAUGAGCAUGCCAGUCCUCUUGGACUUGGUACAACUGUCCUCCAACGAAUCUUGAUUCUGGAAGAAUUAAGCAGCCAAAAAAGAAGGUUUCAGAAGUGAGAAUUGAGAAGCGAGAAGCGAAGGGGGAGAAAGCCUUGUAUCUUGGAAUCCUCUCCGCCACCGCAAUCAUGAAUGGCUUUGCUGCGGAAUUAACCCGGUUGGAGCAAAAUGUCUCCGGCUUCGGCACCCUCGUGAGAGGUCUUCUGGGCGUUGAUUAUCGCCGCAGACUCAACCCAGAGCAACUCAACCAGCUGCUGGAACAAGUACAGCCAAUUCACUCGGAGCUGCGUGCUGUGAAUCAGCCGCUUUCAGUGCGGAUGGGGAGGAAUGACCAGGAAAACCGAGAGCUCAUUCGCCUCAAAAUGAAAUUUGGUCAAAUUGAUCGAGCUCUUGAUGAGUACGUAAGUAAGCUGGCCAGACAGGAUCCCCGCUUUCGUACCUAUGGGCGUAUAGGCGUGACUCAUCAUCCUGCCCGUGCUUCAAGCUCAGCUGGUGUGCAGCACAGGGGGCCAGGACGGGAGCCAUCCAAGGAAGAUUUAAGACGUCUGUUGGCUACCCAUCAACAGCAGGACGCCCACGUAAGAGAAGUUCGGGAGAUUGAGGCACAGGUGGUACAUCAACUUAUGCAACCUCUUUAUGGCCAGGCAGCUGAUUUGACCAACCAGGAUGGGGAAAAUGGACCACUGACUUUUCUUGUCAGGGAUGAGGGGGAUAUUCAUGCUAUCUUUCGAUUCAGAGAGUAUCUGGAGCCCCCUUUCUUGCUCGUCCUGGCUAACAACUUAACAGCUGAAGUGCGCGCAGACUUGAGGGCGCUGGCUGAGAGUAAGGACCUUCCAAUAGACUGAGGGCAGGUAGUGUUUUUUCUGUCUCGAGCUAAUCUAAGAAUUGGUUUUCAGUGUCCAACCUGCACUAAUAAGCCGUUGUGAGUUUAAUAAUGCUAAAGGGUAACUACAUUUUCACCUUCAUACCUUUAAAAUUGACGUGUAACACCCAAGGCAAGUGCACGUGACAGUUCCAACUUGAUAUGUAUAUGUGGGCUCUAGUGCUUUUUAGAGCCAUAUGCUUGAACUUGAUGUGCCAUUGAGGCUAGGGCAACAUACAUCUUAGAAAAUAAACAUGCAACUAAUUU